AUGAAUAUGAGUGAAAGAAAAACAUCAGUCAUUUUACCAAUGCUAACUGUUAAUUUAUCUUCGACUUAUUCCACUUUAGUUCGUAUUAUAGUACUUAAAUCAUUAUUUCGAACAAAUUAUCAAUCAUUACGAUAUAAAUUUGGUGGUUUAAUUAAUCGACGUAUUUUUUUAUUUGUAUGUCAUCGUGAUAUAAAUUUCAAUAAUGUACAAAUAAAUAAAAUUUUUGAACGUUUUCAACAAUGUCUAAGUAAUUAUGAUAUUAAAUUAACAUCACCAUAA